GCCUCUCGCAUGUAAACAACAAUAAUGUCGAGAAAAUGGCCUCCUGCAGUCUGUCAGCUGUAUUAACCCUCAUCAUUUGCUGUUGGGUCAUCGAUUCUUGCUCCAGCGUACAGUUGAAGGUGGAGCCUAAUGAGUGGCCACUGAGGAAGUAUGUGGGGGACACCCUCACAUUGAUCUGCUCCGUGAAUUACAAACAGGAAGACGACUCAAAGUAUAGCAUGUCCUGGAUUGUUCCCACAAAUGCGCAGGAGAGAGUUAAAAUGGACGAAGGUACCAGGAGAGCAACACUGACUGUUAAUGACCUGCAAGAGACAGAUGGAGGAAACUACACAUGCAAUGUUGAAGCAGAACUUGACUCACCGGUAAAGACAGUAGUGUACGUCGUCAUCCUCCCGCGUGGUCAGGUGUCCCAUUGCUCCUCUGAUGCAUUCAACUGUGCAGACGGACGCUGUAUCCCAACCCGUUACAAGUGUGAUGGCCGCCCUGACUGCCUUGAUGGCUCUGACGAGACGAGGGAGCAGUGUGGUGCAGAUGUCUGUUCAAAUAAGCUGGCUUGCAAUGACGGACGUUGCCUGGCUCGUAAUAUAUGCUGCCAAGAACGUGAUCAGUCUCCUCCAAACUGUACCAUAGAGGCCACAAUACAGUGUUGCAGGCAGCUGGUCCACCCUGCUCUCCUUGAUCAGGACCUUUAUUACUUGGAGGCAAAACCCAGCCUUCACCAACAGUGGAACAACCAACCAGAUUCAACGCUUGUUAUGGGAUGUAUUGUGGCAGUCGCAAAUUUAGUAACAGUAGCCAUUAUUGUUGGAGUGCGAUACCACCUGUGGCGCUCAAACGGUACCUCCUCUCGUGCUCACUAUCACCUAAAUCGACUACGAUCUGCAACUCUCCGUCCAUUUGGCCUGAGCUCCUCUAUCACCCCUCCGUCAACCACAGAUCAGUAUCAGCUGAGGUCAGCGGAUAACCUGUACUCCAGAAUAAUCCCUGGAUUACGUUCCGAUUUAUUAGCUCCGGAAAUUUUGCGUGAACAGCGCCACCAGUGUACACGUCAACAGCGACCGUUUAGUGGUGGAGUCGUCUUGUGUCCUCCCUCAAGUUCUCAGCCUCCACAUUACUCCCAGCUUCCUAAUGGCCCUACAGGUCCACCUCCCUCGUACCAUCAGGUUGUUGGAGCACCACCUCCUCCAUACUCCUCGCGUGACGACCUUACCGUCGGGGGCGUGAGUGACGGUUUGCCUCUCUCCCUGCUCUCCCCGCUCCUCACUAACACCCACAACAUCAACAACAAUGGAGACAUCAAUGGUAACAGCACACCUCACCUGACAGUCAUGCACAAUCAUAAUAUUGGUCACGCAGCGGCCUCACCGUCAACCUCGUCGCAUUACACGGGUUCACAGACACGAGGUAACAAAUAAGAUCCCACAUUGGAAGCUCUAACACUUCUGUUUGUUGUUUAUGUCACAGCAUAAACACUAUUGUCUUGUAAAACUGUAGCAGUUAGGUGUUCAAUUUUUAAUUACUCAUUUUCAGUAGUGUCAAGACUUGUUAGAUUUGUGAUUAAGGUGAACGUUGGUGGUUAGAUGAUGUAGAGUAGUAAGCAUUGUUAUAUGUUAUCAUACUGUAAUUGAAGGUGAGAUUUACUGAUGAAUAUGUUUUAAAGAAAAGGAAUUAUCUGUAAUAUGCAGCAGGUGGUGUUAUACUUAGCCUGGUUACCAUGUCCCUCCCUACAUCAGAUAAACAGUGGAUGUAGUAAUAAUUUUGCUGAUAUGUAAAUUUUGAAUGGUGUCUGUGUAAAGAAAAAGAUAUUUUCCAUUACAACAUAUAACAUAACAUUAUACUUUGUAAUAGAUUGACAUGAAAUGUGUAACAAAGUAUAUUUAGAUAUUUUUUAUAGAUACAGUACUGCUGUUACUUUGAUAAGAGUAGAUUAAAUUUUACUUCUUCCAUACUUUAUGCUACAAGUACAUAAAUACAUUGUGUCAAAAUGUAUUGUUGCCAGAAAUUUUAAAUAUUCUUUAUCUAUGUACAAGGCAAGUUGUGAAAGGGGGUUGUGAAAUUGCCAAUUAAUUCUGCUUUUCUGCAUCUAGGUCAGGGUCUAUCGAGUUCCUCCAAGUUGUAUCUGACUUAUUGGCAGCUUUAUAUGCAUCUAAAAAAUAUUUUUAACAACAUAAUAAUUCCUGAUUUAUAUGAAAGAUACUUCAUUUUAAAGCAGAGUUUUCAUGAAUUUAUAACAGGUGUUUAAGACCUCAGUGGUGUUUAAUCUUCCAUCAGUGAUGCUCCUUUAAGUUACCAUAUUGUGCCAACUACACUACUGUACACCAUAACUUGUAAGUCCGGAGCAGUCUCAGCUCCCAAGGUCAUGAAGGCUGGACAAGACUAGAUUGAAUCGGAAAUUGACGCUUGCAUUAUAUCGAUAUUUUGCAGGCACCUUUUGUGUUCUGGGCCGCAGUAUAUGUGUAGGGGCUGUCUCACAAAAUUUGAGGGAGCUCUUUGCUUUAUUUACUGUAAAAUCAGCAAGACCUUUGAGGCUUGAGGGUUUACCUUUCUCCAUUUCAGGAUAAUUUCUACACUUUAAGACAAAUAUUAGACAGCUUAGAAAACCAAUGCACACAUAAAAAUUGGACUAAAAAGUUACUGUUUUCAGAGGCAGAGGUACUGGAUUCACUAACAAACUCUGCACGUCUGUUCCAGUCUGGUUGAAUCUAUGUAGGCAGUGUAGAGAGGUGCACUAAUUUCAGACAGAUCAAUUCAUUAGUGUUUUUAUAAUCAGAGCCCAGGGAUCACUCAGUUGUUGAGCCAGAGGGAGAUACAGUAGUCCAGAGAAGGAAGCUCGAGUAUCCAGAUGUGUUGCCAAAUUUUGAACAUGCUCAUCAGAUGUAACCAGAUUUUCUUUUUUCAGAGUUUACUAGAUACAGUGUUAUAUAGUAUAGUGUUGUAAUGUCCCCCCCUCUCUCUCUCUCUCUCUGUGUGUGUGUGUGUGUGUGUAAGCUUUAACCCAUUAUCAUAAAAGGGUGGCCAGAAACCAAAGUAAACACAGACUUGCUCUUCAUGUGCUGUCACUUAUUCACUAUAAUUCCUAUAAGAGAUGUAUAUUGCGGCAGUGAUGUUCUUCGUGUACACCAAAGCCCCAAAAUAGCCAGCCAUCUAGUUUACACGUCUUUUCACAUAACUUUUAUGUGUUGGUUCCAUCAUUUGAUCCAUUUGCUUUUGAUUUAGCUUUUAAAUUAUGUCUCACAUCAUCUUUUUGUUUAGUGUAUUAUAGUUUUUGCUUUGAUUGGUUCAAGAGAAUAGAGGAGGGAUGAUGGGUCUAUAUAAAGUCUUGAAUGCCAUACUAAUGUCUAGGAUUUUAUUAUUUGUUCUUGAAUUGAUGAUUUUUGUACAGGAGGCAUUGAGGAGGACAGAUUUUAAUGUCAUACCAAACAUAUUAUUGAACAUUGAUCAAGAAUUUUUUUAUUAAUUACCAUAACACUUUGAGCUUUGUUGUAUCUUUCACAUCUUAUAUCUUCUGUGUGUGGGAUCUUGAGGUGUUUAAGAACCGGUUAGACUUUGUAUGUUCAGUUUACACUUCUGUAUAAAUAUAUAUAUUUUGAAGCCUUUUCCAACAUAAUGGUAUAGUGGCUGGAAUUGAGAACACACAUCCACACACAUUGUCCAUUUAUUCACUCAUUCUUUAAUAAAAGCUGUGUUCUGCUUUGGUACUUCCCCUCCACAACAUGGCCCCAAAUCUACUUUACCGCUGUAGCUGCAGAGAAGCCAGUGUCACUCACCAGCAGCACGUCCUGCCCUCAAAAUUAUUUAAUGCCAAGUUCUUCACUCUUUCAUGAACAUAACUGUUUCCUUCUUGACUAUUCCUCACUCAGAACUGUUAGUGCAUCCUUCACCUUAUCCUUCCUUUAUCUUCUUAGUCUUCCCCUCUCCCUCAUGCCAUCUGGAACUGAAUGGUGCCCAUCAUAUUUUUUUUUGUGUGUGUCAAUGUUUCACUUCCUACUUUGUCUAUUCAAACUGAGGAGACCUUUUACUUUCUUGUCUCCUGAUUGCUGUAUUUCCUAUUAUCUGCAUCUUGCAAGGUUGUAAGAAAUUAUAUUAGAGUUAUGAACCUGAUGAGAGAAUCUGUAAGAGACUGUGUAGUAUGGAUAGCUACCAUCAGGUAAUCGCUGCUAACCCACAUAAGUGUGGAAAAUAGCUGUAGAACAUUGAUGAAGAUGAUGCUGACACGUACAGCCUUUUCAUGUUCUGAUCCGGGGUGGCUGAGCAAGUGCUGACUUUUUAUUCUUAGUUUUCAGCAGAUGGUGGGUUAUCCUACCCCCAUGACAGGAUGCUAAUGCAGUAAAGUUUUUUCCAUAGUUGAUAAGCAUAUCAGAUAGUGUACUUAUUUAUAGCUAAAUGCCCUAGGGUUAGUGCACAAAGGAGAACAUGCAAUCCUGCACUCCAACUGAGAUAGGGAGGUUACUCUUGGACAAGGGGAGAAGUGUUGAUUUUAGGAUAAAGGUCAGGGUUACAGGUAAUGAAGAUAGAAUUUCAGUUGCUAGGCUGUAACAUCACUUUCCAAAUACAUGUUUACAUGGCAGGCGUAUUGUAUGUCGUUAUCAACACUCUUAUUAAAUUGCUUUGCCCCGUAAAAUAUUUGAUCACAUGAGAGAUGCUAAAUGUGACUUGGAUAAUGGUCACCCCCAGGUACAUGUAGAAAUGUGUCCCUUUUAAAAUUUAAUAGUUUUGUCCAGUGUAUGAAGUGAUUUAGUUGUUGAAAUAUAAAAUUACAAUGUACUGUAAGAACACAUGGUCUCUCACCAGCUACAGUGGUAUGGUCGGCUCUUGUAGUGAUGAUCAACUUGUAAGGCCUCUUAAAGUUGACAUUCACUUUACGCACAGCAGCAGGAGACACCAGUAGAAAUAAUAAAUCUGUAAUGGGAAAGGUAUUACUGCUCGGAUGUAGACAUUGUUCACUUGUGAAUUAUUUUGAAUACAUGAUAUUUGACGUGACAACUCAUGAGCUUUGUAGGUGUGUGUGUAUGUGUGUGUUGUUAUUACAGUACCAUGAUGACUCGCAGACCUCACCAUCAAGGUACUAGUAGUACAAGAGGUGUGCUGUUCUGUACUUCCUAUUUGGUUCGAUGGACAUUUUUUUUUAUGCUGUGCUUUGUUUUUCUCAGUGCAGUUUUUUGUAACUAAUCAAUGAUUCUUGAUCACAUUUGAUGAUGUAGGAAUAAUUCCUAAAUUUUCUCCUUCAUGGUGAACAUUAAUUCAUUUUAUAUAACAAACUGCUCCAUAUUGCAUGCUUUAAUUACCCCAUUUAACCACUUCUAUUACCUUCGUACAUGCAUAAGCUACCUUGACCUUGCAGUAAGGACAUUGUAAAGUAGUUUAAUAUUGGUCUGCUUUUGGAAAGUACCAUUCCUGUUGGCCUCUUACUGUUCAAUUAAGCAUCACAAGUUUGUAACACCACCACUGUACUGUGCAUAUCAUGAAACCUUUAAGGAAGAACAAAAUGUAGGAGUACAGUACAGUAUUUAUGGUACAGAAGGUCAAUAAGUCAAACCUGUGUUGGUAAUGAAGAUCAGAAUUUUUUAGGCCAAGCUGUUGAUGCAAUAUUUAAAACAUCUUUUAUGUAAUUUUAUUAGCUAGAAAAGCUUUCAAAUUGUUGUUGAGGUUGUGUGUAAUGAUAGCAUACAAUAUAUCAGGCAUGAAAAUAGAUCAGUUUCACUAUGGUUGAAUACUCUAAGUAUUUCAUGACUUAUGUUUGUGUGUGUUUUGUUGUCUGUGUUGUAAGGUAAUGAACCUAGAGGCUGGCCUUUAGGGUUGGAGUUCCUUGGCAGCUCAAGUAAUUAGCUUUAAAUUCCUUUACAGGCACGAUGAUGUAAUAAAUAGUACAGUAGAUGUUUAUGAACUUGUAUAUACUGUACUCUCUCUCUGUUAAAAAUAUGUCAUCAUCAUCAUCUUCAUCACUCACUCAGCAACGGGGUAGCUAGUUAUUUUUACUUUUGUUUUUGUUAUUUUGUUAAUAGUGCCAAUACUGAUGUUGUUUUGUUUUUUGUUACUUUAUAUAAUGUAGAGAUGGGAUGUCUUUAUUUAUGUGUUAAUGUUUGACCGUGAGAGAUAAUUAUUGAGGGUCAGAGGGCAGCUUAUUUACCCGGGAGAUUACAGUGUGACAGCGGUUACAGUAGUUCACUUCCUUGUGGUCACAUUUACACUAUGAUCCUGGCUGCUAAUGAUCACCCAACAGCACACAAUACUAGAUGCCAUCAUGCAGUAAGACCUGCUUCCCAGUUCAGUGUUUUUUGUUGUUUUUUUUGUUCGUACACUUAUCAUGACAUAUAUAUCUGUCAAUUCAAUUGAUUUUUACCAUUUUAUUUAUAUUUUUAUAUUUUUCUCUGUACAGGUAAGAAAUGCAGUUGCUUUAUCAAUUUAUUUAUUGAAACGAUUAUAUUUAGAAAAAUGUUGUAAACAAUCAUCUUGAAUACAGCAUCAAAAUACUUACACUAUUAUGUUAGUUCAGUAUGAUGAUUAUUAUAUGUUUUUGUUUAUAUAACUGUAGUUCACUUAAGGAAUAUUAAUACUUAACUACAAAUGGAAAAUAGUUUGUAUAAUUGGAAUAAUUUUCCAACUUUGGCAUUCUAUCCAACAUUACUUUUGCUGUAUAGUAUAUUGGUUAUUCAUUGUGUGAUGCAUGAGUGUCCGCCACCAGAGCACCUCCUGGCAGAGUGUGUCUAUCCAGGGGGCCGUCUCUGUGUUGAUGUCAGAAAUGUUGUUAAGCCUACCUAUCUAAGCUAACCUUAUUUUACCUAACCUAAUUUUACCUGAUCUAAUAAUUAUAAUCUAACCUAAAUAUACCUAACCUAACUUAACCUAAUAUUACCUAACCUAACUAACUACACAAUCUUUCAUCAUAAUUUAGGUUCUGCUUCAAAUCAGGUCAUCUGGCCAAGUACAUGUUUAUACAACAACUGUACACUGAUCUGACAGGAUGCAGAUCCCCCUCCAGGAUAAGGCAAGCUCUUUCAGGGGGUCUUAUUGUAGUAGAGUGCCACAGGUCACAUGUUUCUUCCCCUCUGCUACAGUAUAAAAGGGGAUAUCUUACUUCAGUGCUGCUUCGUAUGUUAUUUAAGAAAAAAAAAUCUUCCUAUAAUACAUGAUGUUUUGAAGUAAAUUCUCAUUUUACAAUCAGUGAAUUAUGAUAAAUCCUCUUUCUUAAGUUAUUAAGAAUCACUUAUAUGUCUUAUAUGUGUUGGUGUGUUGUGUACAGAACUGUAGAACACUAUACAGUAGGAAGCUUGAAACUGAGUGUAUACAUUACAAGUCCACACAUCAGAAGGGAACCAUUUCUGAGGCCUUAAGAAAGCACCUACUUAUGGGUGUCUGUAAGUCCCUCACUUACCCAUAUGCAAAAAAAAAUAGCUGAUAAGCACAAAAUAUAUAGAAAUGAAAGAAAUUGUAAGAAAAUGAAAGUUCUAAUAAAAAUAAUGUGAAACUGGCAGUACAGAAUAAAGAGGAGCAGCUCUGUUUAUUCAGUUGCAUUUAUGACAAUAUUAAUGGGACUAUGUAGGAGUUUCAGCUAUACAGAUGAACUCAGUUAAAUUGUAAUAUAGGCAUCCCCGGGGUUACGGAAGGUGUGUGUUCGUGAAAAUUUGUCCGUAAUACUAAACCAAUUUCCCCAUUGACUUUCAUUAUAUAAUUUGAGAUGCAUUCCCAAGGAAAUUUGUUUGUCAAAAAGACGUAAUACAAGCACAUUUAUGAAUGAAACUAAUUUUUUUUUUACACAUACUUUUAUUAUUUUAUGAUAUAAUAUGAUAAUAAAUAUACAAAACACUUGAAUUUAACUUAACACAAACAAUGUUGAGUGCUGCAUUAGGUGAGGUGGUGAGGUAAGGUGGUGCAAUCAAAGUUACUGGGAGGCAGACGGAGGGGCACUACUGGCUCCUGCCUCGCCCUGUAAACCAUCAUCAUCUACUUCAUCUGCUACAGGCCUUGCUCUUGGGGCCAAAAACUUGUCCAAGGUUGUUUGGCAUUGACGGCACAUUUUGUCCUUGUACAACUCCCUGUAGCAGUUGAGACUAUUCUGCAUUUCUCUUGAAACUUUGAGGUUGCAUUCAUGGUCAGGAUCGUUAGUAGCAAAGAUUUGCAAAGCUUCCUCUACAAGUGCAAACCCUUCAGCCAAAUGCUUUGUUGUCAACUCAAGUGCGAUCCUCUCUAUGGUACUCUAAUACCCCUGUAACUCAACCACAUCAUCUUGCACAACUUCAAAGCCUACAUUAUUUGCAAAUGUCACAAUGUCUUGCUGAACUUAUUAAUGGUUUCUGCUUGGUGAAAAUCUUGAAAGUCGUUGAUGCACUCUGGCCAUAUGUUCUUCCACACACCAUGCAUAGUUGAUGGUUUAACUUCAUCCGGCAACUUGGCUAUGUUCUCCACACCGUUCAUGAUGUUGAACCUUUUCCAGAAGUCCCUAAUUAUUGGUUUAUCCUCCCCAUCAAUUGCUGCUAUGAGCUGUUUAAAUGUUCUUCUUAGGUAAUAGGCCUUGCCUUAAAGUUUGCAAUCACACCUUGAUCCAUUGGCUGGAGCAAGACAGUUGUGUUCUUGGAUAUAUAUUCCACUCGUACAUUACCAGAAAGAUCAUUCGGGUUAUUUGGGUGGCUGGGUGCAUUAUCUAAGAGGAGCAAAGCUUUCUUGGAUAUAUUACGCUUGUUACUGUACCUCUCAACAGCAGGGGCAAAAUAGUUUGUGAACCAGUCUUGAAAAAGGCUCAUGGUCAUCCAAGCUUUCUUGUUUGAACGCCAAGUCAUUGGUAGUUUAGGCUUGGCGUAGCCCUUGAAAGCCCUUGGAUUUUCAGAGUGGUACACAAGAAGAGGCUUUAAUUUCAUAUCACCAGCAGCAUUUCCUCCCAAAAGAAGAGUUAGACGAUCUUUUGAAGCUUUAAAACCUGGUGCCGACUUUUCUUCUUUGGAAAUGAACGUCCUAGCAGGCAUGCGCUUCCAAAAAAGUCCGGUUUCAUCCACAUUGUACACUUGUUCUGGUAUAUAGCUGCCUUCAGCAAUAAUUUUCUUCAGUUCUUCCAGAUAUUUACAUGCAGCUUCUGCAUGAGCACUAGCAACUUCACCGACCAUCGUAAUGUUAUGCAAAUGAAGGCUCUUCUUAAACCUUUCAAACCAUCCUUUACUCGCCUGAAAAGGUUUUGCAUCAGAACUUGCACCUUGUUCUUUCUGCAAAUCCUCGUGCAAACUUUUUGCUUUCUCCUGAAUGAUCAUCGUGCUUAGCGACACAUUCCGUUUUGUUUGGCCUUCAAUCCACAAAUUCAAGUCUUUCCAUAUUAAGCAUCACAUUACGUCUAUGAAAAAACAAUGUACGGACAGUUACAGGAGUAGCCAAUUGAGCACUUGACCUAAUUUUGUCUUUAUUAUCACGUAUUGUGCACACUGUAGUCGUAGCAAGGCCUAAUGUUUUUGCAACCUGGCUAAGUUUUUCUCCCGCAUCAAACCUCCAUAAAACAUCAAGCUUAAUGUCCAAUGUAAUUCCUUUAUGGGAUCUUUUAGCACCACUGCUUUCACUUGAACUUGGCCUCUUUCCAGUUAUCUUGAAUAAGGGUACACAGUAAUACAGUCCUGAAUACAGAAGUAUGUAAGUGUCGCGAGACCAAUCGCACACGACCCCGCACGUGGGUUCAAACAGAACGGGUUGGCGUGGCGUGGGUACGCGGCGUCCCCACUGUGCAGUUUUGUAGCAACCACCAAGAAAUUCACACGAAAGAAAUUUUAACAUCUCUGAAUUUUGUUCUUAUAGUUGUUCUUAUAGUACAGGUAUUGAAAAAAAAAGCUUAUAAUAUUUUAUACCCAAUUUCCGUAAUGGGAAAUUUUUUGUCCGUAUCCCAGAUAUAUGGGUCAUAAUUUACAAAAUCCAUAAGAGCGAAUUUCCGUAACCUGAGUUGCCAUAACCCCGGGGGAUGCCUGUACACUGUACUGUAUGUACUAUACAGUAUAGUACUCUAAUAUCAUUUGGGUGUUGUGGAUAUGUAAAAUUCAGUUACACAGACCUUCAGAAAUUUGGAUGUUUUGCUGUUCUUACCAUUUAUAGUGCCAAAAAAAAAUAAAGGGUAUAUUAUUUGUAAAUUUACCAAAA